AUGUUUCGAUUUAAAGAAGCAUUGGAAUCUUACGAUUUAGCUAUUUAGAAAAAUCCAGAUGAUGCAGAAUUUUAUUAUGAAAAAGGUAUGGCUUUUUAUUUAGCUAUAAUAUUAGCAAAUACUUUAGAUGAAAUGAAUAGAUUAGAAGAAGCAUUGGAUAAUUAUGAUUUAGCCAUUUAGAAAAACCCAGAAUAAGCAGAUUAUUUCAAAUGUAAAGGUACCAAUAGUAAUCCAUAAUUGUUAUAGCUAUCAUUUUAGAUAAAAUGAAGAGAUUUUAAGAAGCAUUAGACUAUUAUGAUUUAGCGAUUAAGAAAGAUCCAGAUGAUGCAGAAUUUUAUUAUGAAAAAGGUAUGGCUUUGUAUUUAGCUAUAAUAUUAGCAAAUACUUUAGAUGAAAUGAAUAGAUUAGAAGAAGCAUUGGAUAAUUAUGAUUUAGCCAUUUAGAAAAACCCAGAAUAAGCAGAUUAUUUCAAAUGUAAAGGUACCAAUAGUAAUCCACAAUUGUUAUAGCUAUCACGUUAGAUAAAAUGAAUAGAUUUUAAGAAGCAUUAGAUUAUUAUGAUUUAGCUAUUUAUAAAAAUCCAGAUGACGCAGACUAUUUCAAAUGCAAAGGUAAUAAUAUUUAUCUACAAUUUUUAUAGCUAUCGCUUUAGAUAGUUUGAAUAGAUAUUAAGAAGCAUUGUUCUUUUAUGAUUAAGCUAUUUAGAAAAACCCAGAAGAAGCGGAAUUUUAUUUUGAAAAAGGUAUAUAUAUAUAUACAUAAAUUUAUUUUAGCUAAUACAUUAAAUUCAAUGAAUAGAUAUGAAGAAGCAUUACUAUAUUAUGAUCUAGCUAUUUAAAGAAACUCAAAAGAUUCUCAAUAUUAUAUAUGCAAAGGUCUAUAUAAAACUCUAUACUAAUAGCAAAUAAUUUAUAUGAUAUGA